AUGUAUCUUUAUGAUCUACAGAAUGAUGAGAAGACAAUGACUGAUGAUCCUGGAACUUGUAAAUCAAAUGUACCAUUGUAUUUUCUUAACAAAUUGAUGAUGGUUAAUGUGACUGCUAGGACUAUGAAUCCUCUUGCUGAUUCAAUCUGUGAUGAUGUAUCAGAAAAGAGAGAUCGCAAUUUUGAGGAUCUGUUUGACAGUCCAAAUGAUGCUGAAACCUUUAAUCCUCUUGAUGUAAUCACUGCUCUCUUUCUGUGCUCUGAUGGGUUUGUUCAGCAAGAGUUAGCACUAAAAAUGUCCAUGUGUCAGUUCCCUGUUCCUCUGCUGCUUCCUAACUGUGAUACUAAACAGAGCACCCUCAUGCUGUGGGCCAUGAGAGACAUCGUUAAGAAGUACAGACCUCCAGAUCUUUCAGCAUCAAAGGGCUUCAAAGAAGAAAGAAUCGUUCUUUCUGAGCUUCCAAUGAUCUCAUUUGUGAGACUGGGUGAGUGCUCCUUGUCUAAAUCAGAGAUUCUCAACAAACUUCUGAGUAACUCACAGCAGAACCAUGACACCUUUGUUCACCACAACAUGGAGUGCUGAUGUUCUAAAGAAAAUAGCAAACACCCUGAACUUGACAAAAUCAUUAUAAAAACAAAAAAGACCAAUGUUGCACACUUUGUGAAACGUUUGAGGACAACUGUGAGCAGUGUACUUACCAACCCAGUGAUGAAGAUGUCAAUAGAGCAGAUGGCCGACAUUGCACAUGAACUGUGAAUUUCUAUUGAUGAAGAUUCCCCAGAGUGCC